AUGGCUGGCCAUUGUAUUCAUAAUGGUCUUGAGGGGAGCCGUGGUAGUCUCCACGACCGCCAUUGUAAUGGCCACCGCGUCCUCGUCCGUGAUGCCCUCCUCGACCCUGGCCAUGUUGAGGGUAUGAUGGAGUUUGUGGCCCAUAACUUGAAGUUCCACCAGAAGAAGGCGGCGGUGGCGGAGGUGGACCGUAACCGUAACCUGACAUAG